GCCAAAAAUGGCGCGCUAGCGACAAAUAUGAAGAGCGAAAAAUCCCUUGGAACCAUAAGGCUGAAAAUACGUAUGUGCCGGUCAGAUAAUAGCCUUUAUUAGCUCCACUUUUGACGGGUGUGGUGCAAAUUGCAACUCCCCACAGGCCACAGCUGUGUUGUAUUUUUUUGUUGUGUUGCCGAAUUGUUAAGGGCUCCGGGUGUUAAGUUUGUUGAUGUCUGUAGGAUUAUAGAAAACAUAUUUAAGCUAAUUAUUUCUUGUGCUUUCCUUCCAAGAUGCCUACUGUUGGUGUAAAUCGUGAUCUUUUGUUUGAAGCUCUGGGGAGAAAAUACACUGAAGAGGAAUUCAAUGACCUGUGUUUUGAAUUCGGUCUGGAGCUGGAUGAAGUGACCACGGAGAAGCAGAUGAUAUCCAAAGAGCAGGGCGGCGACAAGUCAUCGGGCGCCUCUGAGGACGUCAUCUUUAAGGUGGACAUCCCAGCCAAUCGCUAUGAUCUGCUCUGUCUGGAGGGACUCGCGCGCGGUCUGCUCGUCUUUCAGGGAAAGCUGGCCAUCCCUCGCUAUAGAAGCGUCAAACCACGGAGUGGCGCCCUUCAGCGGCUCAUCAUCAAACCAAAUACUGAGCAGAUCCGGCCGCACGCGGUGGCCGCCGUCCUGAAGGACAUCACCUUCACCCAGGCCUCCUACGACAGCUUCAUCGACCUGCAGGACAAGCUGCACCAGAACCUCUGCAGGAAGCGCAGUCUGGUAGCGAUCGGCACGCACGACCUGGACACCAUCCGCGGCCCGUUCACUUACGACGCGCUGCCGCCCAGCCAGAUAAAGUUCCAGCCGCUGGCGCAGACGCGCGCCUUCACCGCGCCGGAGCUCAUGGAACUCUACUCGGGUGACAGCCACCUGAAGCAGUAUCUGCCCAUCAUCCGCGACAGCCCCGUGUACCCCGUGAUCACGGACGCUGACGGGGUGGUGCUCAGCAUGCCUCCCAUCAUCAAUGGACACCACUCGCGCAUCACACUGGCCACCAGGAACGUGUUCAUCGAGUGCACGGCCACCGACCUCACCAAGGCGAAGAUAGUGCUGGACACGCUGGUGUGCAUGUUCAGCCAGUACUGUAAGGAGGCGUACACGGUCGAGUCAGCAGAGGUCGAGUACCCCAGCGGCGAGAAGCACGUGUAUCCCACGCUGGCCUACAGGAAAGAGGCCAUCGACGUAGACCUCGUCAACAGGAACGUGGGAAUCAAUCAGUCGGCGGACCAGCUGGCCACCCUGCUCACCAAGAUGUGCCUGUCGUCGGAGGCGUCCAGCGGCCGGCUGACGGUCGAGGUGCCGCCCACGCGACACGACAUACUGCACGCCUGCGAUGUGGUCGAGGACGUGGCUAUCGCUUACGGCUACAACAACAUUCAGAAACAGAUUCCGCCCAUAGGCGUCAUCGCCGUACAGAACCCGCUGAACAAGCUGUCGGAUCAAGUGCGCCACCAAGUGGCCGAGGCGGGAUUCACCGAGGCGCUCACAUUCUCGCUGUGCUCGCAGGCGGACAUCGGCUCCAAGAUGCGUCAGGACAUCUCACAGCUGCCCGUCGUUCACAUAUCCAACCCAAAGACGCUGGAGUUCCAGGUGGCUCGUACCUCGCUGGUGCCCGGCCUGCUGAAAACGGUGGCGGCCAACCGUAAGAUGCCGCUGCCUCUGCGACUGUUCGAGGUGUCGGAUGUCGUGCUCAAGGACCGGCUGGCCGACACGGGCGCCCGCAACGAGCGGCGUCUGGCCGCCGUCAGCUAUAGCAAGACGUCCGGCUUCGAGGUGAUCCACGGCCUGCUGGACCGGCUAAUGCAGCUGCUGGAGGUGCCUUCCGACCCGGCCAGCGGCUACUGCCUCCGACCAGCCGACGACCCGUCUUACUUCCCGGGCCGGUGCGCGGACGUGCUGGCCUACGGCGAGCCGAUCGGCCGACUAGGAGUACUACACCCGGACGUGAUCACGAAGUUCGAGCUGAACCUACCGUGCUCGGCUCUGGAGGUGAACCUAGAACCGUUCCUGUGAUGCGCGUCACGGGGCCGGCACCAAUACACCGCUGGCUGACGUA